ACGCCUGCGCGGGCCCGCCCGGUCCCCGCCCGGUCCGCCGCAUCCCCGCCGGCCCGGGACCCCCCAAGCCCCUCCAAGCCCCGGGCCUGGCGGCCCGUCGCGCCUCCUGGCCCCCGCGCCCGGGCCCCGGUCCCCCGGGCCAUGCGGCCUCGGCCCCGCCGGCGCCCGCCGCGCACCGGAGGAGAUGAGGCUCCGCAAUGGCACCUUCCUGACGCUGCUGCUCUUCUGCCUGUGCGCCUUCCUCUCGCUCUCCUGGUACGCAGCUCUCAGCGGCCCGAAAGGCGACGUGGUGGACAUUUAUCAGCGGGAGUUCCUGGCACUGCGGGACCGCUUGCACGCGGCUGAGCAGGAGAGCCUCAAGCGCUCCAAGGAGCUCAAUCUGGUGCUGGACGAGAUCAAGAGGGCCGUGUCAGAGAGGCAGGCUCUGCGAGACGGAGACGGAGACAGCAAUCGCACCUGGGGCCGCCUAACAGAGGACCCCCGACUGAAGCCGUGGAACGUCUCGCACAGGCACGUGCUGCACCUGCCCACUGUCUUCCACCACCUGCCGCACCUGCUGGCCAAGGAGAGCAGUCUGCAGCCCGCGGUGCGCGUGGGCCAGGGCCGCACUGGAGUGUCGGUGGUGAUGGGCAUCCCGAGCGUGCGGCGCGAGGUGCACUCGUACCUGACGGACACGCUGCACUCGCUCAUCUCCGAGCUGAGCCCGCAGGAGAAGGAGGACUCGGUCAUCGUGGUGCUGAUCGCCGAGACUGACCCACAGUACACUUCAGCAGUGACAGAGAACAUCAAGGCCUUGUUUGCCACAGAGAUCCAUUCAGGACUCCUAGAGGUCAUCUCCCCUUCCCCCCACUUCUACCCUGAUUUCUCCCGCCUCCGCGAGUCCUUUGGGGACCCCAAGGAGAGAGUCAGGUGGAGGACCAAACAGAACCUGGAUUACUGCUUCCUCAUGAUGUACGCGCAGUCCAAGGGCGCUUACUACGUGCAGCUGGAGGAUGACAUCGUGGCCAAACCUCACUACCUGAGCACCAUGAAGAACUUCGCACUCCAGCAGCCCUCGGAGGACUGGAUGAUCCUGGAGUUCUCCCAGCUGGGCUUUAUUGGGAAGAUGUUCAAGUCUCUGGACCUGAGCCUGAUCGUGGAGUUCAUCCUCAUGUUCUACCGGGACAAGCCCAUCGACUGGCUCCUGGACCACAUUCUGUGGGUGAAAGUCUGCAACCCCGAGAAGGACGCGAAGCACUGUGACCGGCAGAAGGCCAACCUGCGGAUCCGCUUCAAGCCAUCCCUCUUCCAGCACGUGGGCACGCACUCCUCGCUGGCAGGCAAGAUCCAGAAACUGAAGGACAAGGAUUUUGGGAAGCAGGCCUUGCGGAAGGAGCACGUGAACCCGCCAGCGGAGGUGAGCACGAGCCUCAAGACAUACCAGCACUUCACCCUGGAGAAAGCCUACCUGCGGGAGGACUUCUUCUGGGCCUUCACCCCCGCUGCAGGGGACUUCAUCCGCUUCCGCUUCUUCCAGCCGCUGCGCCUGGAGCGGUUCUUCUUCCGCAGUGGGAACAUUGAGCACCCAGAGGACAAGCUCUUCAACACUUCUGUGGAGGUGCUGCCCUUUGAUAACCCCCAGUCGGACAAGGAAGCCCUGCAGGAGGGCCGCUCAGCCACUCUCCGGUACCCUCGGAGCCCUGACGGCUACCUCCAGAUCGGCUCCUUCUACAAGGGUGUGGCAGAGGGUGAGGUGGACCCUGCCUUUGGUCCCCUGGAAGCCCUGCGCCUCUCCAUCCAGACUGACUCGCCGGUGUGGGUCAUUUUGAGCGAGAUUUUCCUGAAAAAGGCUGACUAAGGGAGGUCUUCUGAGGGUGCACUGAGGAUCGAUCAGCCUGGAGCCCACAUUUCCAGGGAUGCCGUCGCCGCUGCCCCCGAGGGCCAGGCACACCGCCCAGGCCGCAGGACUGUGCCUGGAGUGGGCUUGGGCCAGCCUGGGGUCCUGCUGGCCCGGAGGCCCCAGGAGCUGGUGCUGCCCAGCCCGCCAGGCCGAGGGAGGAGGCAGGCAGCCCCCACACUGUGCCUGAGGCCGGCCCAUGCCACCCGGAGCCAUUCACACCUGGCUGGCUCCCGUCAGGCCGUUUUAGAAGAGCUUUUUCUUGGGCGCCCACUGUCUCCGCGGAAACACUGGAAUGCAUAUACUACUUUAUGUGCUGUGUUUUUUAUUCUUGGAUACAUUUGAUUUUUUCACGUAAGUCCACAUAUACUUCUUAAGAGCGUGACUUGUAAUAAAGGGUUAAUGAAG